CGCAGGGGUGAUCCCGCUCCGUUCCCGUGGAGAACUCCGGGCUCCGGACCGGGCUUUGUGGCCGAUCCCCUCCAUGCUGGGUAUUGUCCGUCGGUCCCGGCCGAUCCCAGCUCGCGCUCCGCGCUCCCAGCUCUUUCCCCGGGCACGGGCGGCGGAGGCGGCGACUCGGGACGCGGGAGCAGCGAGCGGCCCCGGACCGAGGCCGGGAGGAUGGCGGAGCCCCGAUUGCGGUUCAUGCUGUUCCUGGCGGCACUGAGCACGGCCACCGGCGCAGAAUCUGUCAUCCGAACAUUCACCCCUUUCUACUUCACAGUGGAGCCAGCAGACACACUAGCAAUACGAGGAUCAUCGGUUAUACUGAACUGUUCAGUGUUCGCUGAACCCAGUGCCAAAAUUGAAUGGAGAAAAGACGGGACAUUCCUAAACCUGGUAUCAGAUGAACGCAGGCAGAUGCUUCCAGAAGGUUCACUGUUGAUACGGAGUGUGGUACAUUCCAAACACCACAAACCUGAUGAAGGAUUUUACCAGUGCGUUGCGACUAUCGAUAGCCUGGGGACCAUUGUGAGUAGGACUGCCAAAAUGACGGUGGCAGGUCUUCCUCGGUUCAGUGGUCAGCCCCAGGCUGUCUCUGUGCACCAAGGUGACACCACCCUGCUAGGCUGUGAGGUGAAUGGCGACCUUGUUCCACUUGUGAGGUGGGAACACAACCGACAGCUUGUGGAGUUGGAAGGGAGGUUCCUCAAACUGCCCAGUGGCACCUUGGAAAUCAGCAAUGUCUCUGACAGUGAUGCUGGAUUGUAUCGCUGCUCCGUGGAAACUGCAGGCCUCUCCAAAACAAGCGAAGAGACAGAGCUUACAGUUUUACCAGAGAUAAGUGCAGAGCGAAAGAUGAAGUUUCUCCAGCAACCUGUGCCCAUCAGUAAAGUGGCAGGCCAGGCAGUAAUAUUACCAUGUGUGGCCUCUGGCUACCCAACACCCACCAUUCAUUGGACCCGGAAUUCAGAGACUAUUUUGGAAAGGUUCCAGAAGUUCACUUUGGUUGGAAGUGGUAGUCUACAGAUAAGUGAUGUCACAGAGGAUGAUGCUGGGAUUUACGAAUGUAUCGCAGAGUCUGGGAAUGAGACAGCACAUGCUCAGACAGAGCUCAGUGUUCAAGUUCCCCCUCUGUUCCUGAAACGUCCAGUCAACAUUUAUGCUCAUGAAUCCAUGGACAUUGUGUUUGAAUGCGAAGUGACAGGGACACCAAUGCCAACCGUGAAAUGGAUAAAGAAUGGAGACAUGGUGAUCCCCAGUGAUUAUUUCAAGAUUGUUAAUGAGCGGAACCUGCAGGUUCUUGGUCUGGUGAAAUCUGACGAAGGUCUGUACCAGUGUGUGGCAGAGAACGAUGUAGGGAAUGAACGGGCCAGUGCCCAGCUCAUCAUCCUGGAGCAUGAUGUUCCCAUUCCCACAUUUCCCCCUCCCUCACUGACAAGUGCCACUGCUGACCAUCUAGCAGCCGCCACAGCCGGACUCCUACCCUCUGCCCCUCGGGAUGUAAUGGCACUCCUCGUCUCCACCCGCUUCAUCAAGCUGACAUGGCGCCCACCUGCAGAGCCUAACGCAGAGAUCCUCACCUACUCCGUGUACUACUCCCGGGAUGGCACCAACAGGGAACGUGUGGAAAAUACAAGUCGACCCGGUGACCUGGAAGUGACGAUUGGUGAGCUGAUGCCAGAUGUGAAAUAUGUUUUCCGAGUGGUUGCUCACAAUAAACAUGGAGCAGGAGAGAGCUCUGCACCUUUCAAAGUGGCCACCCAGCCUGAAGUUCAAGUGCCAGGACCAGCUCAAAAUCUGGUUGCACAAGCAAACUCGCCGACCUCAAUCACAGUCACGUGGCAGGAACCUCACUCGGACAAUGGGCCUAUCGCAAACUACAAACUCUACUAUAUGGAAAAGGGAGCAGGGAGUGAACAGGAUGUGGAUGUCGGGAGUCUUUCCUACACCAUGAAUGGACUGAAGAAGUUCACCGAGUACAGUUUCAGGGUGGUGGCUUACAACAAGCAUGGGCCUGGUGUCUCCACUGAAGAAGUGGUAGCAACAACCUAUUCUGGUGUUCCCAGUGCACCCCCUCAGAAUGUCACGCUGGAAGUUCGUAAUUCCAAGAGUAUUGUGGUGCACUGGCAGCCACCUCCCCCAGGGACACACAAUGGUGUGAUCAUCGGUUACAAUAUUCGAUACAAAAAAGGGGGUCGUCGUGGGGAGACAGACACUACAGGAGGGAGCCAGCUUUCUCAGAUUAUAGAUGGGCUGGAGCGAAACACUGAGUACAGCUUCAGAGUCUCUGCCAUUACAGUGAAUGGCACAGGGCCAUCCUCUGACUGGGUGUCUGCUGAAACCUUUGAAAGUGACCUAGAUGAAUCCCGGGUCCCAGACAAGCCCAGCUCUCUCCACGUCCGACCUCUGAUUAACAACAUUGUUGUGAGCUGGACGCCACCUGAAAACCAGAACAUUGUUGUACGAGGUUACGCCAUUGGCUACGGCAUUGGCAGCCCUCAUGCAGAAACCAUCCGUGUUGAUUAUAAACAACGUUAUUAUACCAUCGAGAACCUGGAGCCCAACUCACACUAUGUGAUCACACUUAAAGCAUAUAACAAGAUUGGAGAAGGAAUUCCUCUGUAUGAGAGCACAGCCACAAGGCCUCUGACCGUACCAGACCCCAGCCCCAUGCUGCCCCCGGUCGGAGUCCAGGCCACGGUCCUUACCCACGACACCAUCCGGGUCACGUGGGCCGACAGCUCACUGCCUAAGAACCAGAAGAUCACCGAUGCACGAUUCUACACGGUACGCUGGAAAACCAACUACCCUGCCAACACCAAGUACAAGACUGCAGACACCACCACAUUGAGUUAUAUUGUCUCAGGAUUGAAACCAAACACACUCUAUGAGUUUUCCGUGAAGGUAACAAAGGGUCGAAGGUCAAGUACGUGGAGCAUGACAGCACAUGGAACUACAUUCGAAACAGUACCGACAUCUCCUCCCAAGGAUCUGACAGUGGUGAGCAAGGAAGGAAAACCAAGGACCAUUAUUGUGAACUGGCAGCCACCAUCAGAGGCCAAUGGAAAAAUAACAGGAUACAUCAUAUAUUACAGCACAGAUAUCAAUGCAGAAAUCCAUGACUGGGUGAUAGAGCCGGUGGUUGGAGACAGACUGACCCACCAGAUCCAAGAUCUCACGCUUGACACCACUUAUUACUUCAAAAUUCAAGCGCGUAAUUCCAAAGGCAUGGGCCCCUUGUCUGAGUUUGUCCAGUUCCGCACACCCAAAGCACCUGGAUCAUCUGGGAAACUCGGGAAAAACCCUUCAGUAAUGGACUCAGGUUCGGACACCAGACACUCGAUCAGUGGUCACAACAGCCCCCAUGGAAGCCCUACCUCGAGCCUGGAUAGUAACACCAUGCUCAUUAUCAUCAUCUCUGCAGGAGUCUUCACAAUAAUCAUUGUGGUCAUCAUUGCUUUAAUCUGCACUCGAAGGACCAACUACCAGCAGAAAAAGAAACGUGCAGCCUGUAAAUCCGCCAACGGAUCUCACAAAUACAAAGGGAAUUCGAAGGAUGUCAAGCCCCCUGAUCUCUGGAUUCACCACGAACGCCUAGAACUGAAACCGAUUGACAAGUCACCAGAUCCAAACCCAGUCAUGACUGACACCCCCAUUCCUCGUAAUUCCCAGGACAUUACUCCAGUAGAGAAUUCCCUAGAUAAAGACCACCAACGGAGGAAUUCCUAUCUGGGCCGUGAACUAGAAGAUGGCAUGUCCACCCUGAGCGGGCGGAGAGGAUUGCGGCCAAAGAUGAUGAUGCCCUUUGACGCGCAGCCUCCUCAGCCUGUGAUUAGUGCCCAUCCCAUCCAUUCACUCGACAACCCUCAUCAUCAUCACCUCUGUGACGGGCCUUCAUCCCCAACCCGCAGCUAUCUUCGGCAUCAGAUCAGCAGCCGACCGCUUGGCUCCUCAGUAGACAGGGCCAAUUCUACAGAAUCUGUACGAAAUACACCAAAUAGUGACAUGUCACCAGCACCCAGUUCCCAGGCUCACCCCGUGGAGAAUGUAGAGGCUGAUGUACCUGCAGUUUCAUAUUUGCCUGGGUCUCAGGAAGAGGAAUCCAAUCGCAGUGUUCCGACCGCCCACGUGCGCCCAUCCCACCCACUGAAAAGUUUUGCUGUGAUUGCCAUCGCUUCUGCCAGCACCAACUAUGAAACAGCAUCAUCCAGUACACCAUUACUGUCUCAGACAGGAACAAACCCUCAGGUACACUCAGUGAAGACGGCAUCAAUAGGAACCUUGGGUAGGAGCAGAUCCCCUAUGGCAGUUACUGUACCCAGUGCACCAGAUGUUGCAGAAUCCACGAAAAUGUUGGAAGACUCUGAUAGUAAUUAUGGCCCAGACGAGCUGACGGAAGAGAUGACGCACCUCACAGGGUUAAUGAAGGAUCUGAAUGUUAUCACUACAGCAUAGAUGCAGUCAGAAUACCAUCAGUUUCACAAACUGAAACAGAGCAGGUCUGCAAGGAGUAUGUACAAAAGACACCCAGAGGGUCGGAUACAACAUAAUGUGAUGUGUUAAGUCUCGUGGAAACUGCCUUUGUCACGAUUUCAGUCCAGUGGAUCCAGACUUGUGGAUAUCAUAUAAUCCAGUCAAUGCCAUGGAAUCUGACGACUCUCAGCUCUGACGGACCUCUGCUGGUUUGGAAAUGUACUGGAGGCACCGGUAUAGUGUUCGACAUUCGAUAUCGUCUAUUUACUGCGUGUUUACGUUUUCUGGUGUUAUGAAAAGAAUGUUGAAUUGUUACUUUGGUAUCCAGAUGUGACAUUUGACUGCCUCACCAUAAGCUGAUGCAAGAUGCAUCAAUUAAUAAUGUGGCCAUUUCUUGCUUCCUCUGCAUCACACAGUGCUGUGGCAAACAGACUCUACUCUGCAUCCUUCUGAUCAAACUGCCAAGUUAUCUGCGUUCAUCACUGUGAUCUUUUAGCAAACUUCAGAAUAUUCCUGCUAGACUUGGCAAGUUAGCUGAUUAAAGCACAAUUAGGAAGAAGGAACUGGCAAGCCCAAUCCACAAAUAACUCAAGAGGCUUAGCAUGACUCAGAAAGCACAUUGAUUUAAACAAAACAUGUGCAGCAAUUGACGUUUUAUAUGAAGAAUAUCUUUACAUGUUCUAUUGGAAAAUCAUUUAGCCAUAAGAGAAAAGCUAAGUAAACCCUCCCAAAUGGGUUUUGAUUACAGGUUCUUUAUUAAACCCUAUCAAAGGGGUUCCAAUUACAUAGCCAGCAUUAAACCCUAUUGGAUGGGUUCCAAUCAUAGGAUCUUCGAUGAUCGGGUUUGAUUUCCCAGCCCUCAUUGAAUCUUGUUGAGUGAGUAUAUUCCGGUUACUGGAUCCGUAUCGAACCCAGAAAAUGGGUAUGAGUUUACUGUACAUUCAAUGGACCCGGUUGAAUGGGUGCCAACUACACAACUCUUGGAUAAACCCUGUAAAUUGGGUUCAGAUUAGAUUACCUUGUUAAUUAAUGUAGUGAGUUCCAAUUACAGGAAACUCUUCCUUCUCUUUUUUUCACCCUCCCCAUAACAUCAUUGUAAUUGCUUCUACAAGUCUAGGUUUUACUUUGUUUGUGAAUAUUGCUUCCCUAUGUACAUCACCAUGAAUGUUAAUAUAACUGUUUAAGGAAAUUUAUUGUAAUGAAUAUAACUGAACAAAGCUAUUGUGAAGAUUUAGAAAUCUCUCCCAGUCGUAGGCAGUAAGAUCUGUUUUGCACUUUUUUCAUCCUUUUACAAAGAACCAUUUUCUUAUGGCCUGUGUUUAAACUUAGGAAAACCUCUGGUGUAUCUGUAGUGUCCUCAUUAGCAAAAGCAGCUUUUUGUUUUCCAAGGAUGCUGUAGGUGCAAAUUGUUUAUUAAUCAUGAUGUAGAAACGAUGCAAACUACUGUAGUUUAUGUACAAAGAACUUUGCUAGUAGCAUACUCUGUGGCUUUUUUUAAAUUUCAUGUUCUAAUGUAAUAUUGGAAUUCCAAUACAUUUUGUAUUCAACCAG